ACCCAAGAGACCGAAACAAGGCAGCCGCGUGGUCGGGCAGAGCGGAGAGGACCAGAGAUCGAGAGAGAGCGCGCACGCUGCAUUGUCGGGACGUACACAGCGAAGGGUCCAAGAUGAAGGAGGAAGUGGAGAAAGCAGUCUGGUUCAUCUCCCGCGUGAUGGAUCGCGACCGGAAGCUGGAGAAGGAAAAGUUGGAGCGUUUCAGGGAGAGCCUGACCACGAUCCUGUGUGAGCGCUACAAGGACCAUUGGUAUCCAGAGAAACCCUGCAAAGGGCAGGCUUACAGGUGCAUCCGAAUAAACAGGCAGUAUACCAAGGAUGACGCCAUCCUGAAAGCCUGUAUGGAGAGUGAUCUCGAUUACUCGGCAUUGACAUUGAAAGGCGCAAUUACAAUCUGGAUUGAUCCUGGCGAGGUUUCCUGCAGGCUUGGUGAGAACAACCGCCCCUUCACAGUGAAGGAGGAUAAGGAAGAGGAGGAGGAGAGAAGAAAAAGCAGCAGCAGCGGCAAAGCAACGCCCGAGUCAGAGACGUCGGACUAUCACUCCGAGUCUCCUUCGGAGUCGCCCUGCGAGUGCGCGUCCUCCUCGGAGGACGAGGGUCCCGGAAAGCGUUCUGCCGCGAAGACAUCGCAGAUUAAACCAGGGGGAGCAAAUCUCCCCAAACAGGAGCCCCAUCGCUACCGCACGCCGUCUCCGCUUUGGGUCCCGCACCCGCAAGGCCCGGUCUUCACCUACUUCCCUUUAACUUACUAUUACGUCCAGCCAACGAUGCCUGUUCCCCGGAGACCCAACCCCAACAUGUUGAAACGGCUGACAAAGCGAGCAUCCAAAUCCUGAAGACUGGGCAGAGCCUGGGGUGGUUGUGGGGUUUUUUUUUGGGGGGGGGGAACCAUAGUAUUCCUUCGUGAAGGACACCAGGCUCCUAAGACUCCUCCUUGAGUCUGGAGAGGUUCCUUGAGAGGGGCUGGGCUGACCUUGUUUCUAUGGUGUUAAACAACUGUAGCAUUCCGAUUUGUCUGAUUAAGCACUUCCGGAAAGGAAGGGCUGUGUUUGCCAGUGGUUAGAGCAGGGUAAGGCGGGUGUCUGUGUUAUAUAUAUAUAUAUAUAUAUAUAUAUAUAUAUAUAUAUAUAUGUGUGUGUGUGUGUGUGUGUGUGUGUGUGUGUGUGUGUGUGUAGUGUGAAUCUCGGCGCAUAUAUAUAUUCACUAUAUAUAUAGUGUGUGUGUGUGUAGUGUGUGUAGUGUGUGUAGUGUGAAUCUCAGCGCAUAUAUAUUCACUAUAUGUGUGUGUGUGUGUGUGUGUGUGUGUGUGUGUAGUGUGAAUCUCGGCGCAUAUAUAUAUAUUCACUAUAUAUAUAGUGUGUGUGUGUGUGUGUGUGUGUGUGUGUGUGUGUGUAGUGUGCGUAGUGUGAAUCUCAGCGCAUAUAUAUAUAUUCACUAUAUGUAGUGUGUGUGUGUGUGUGUGUGUGUGUGUGUGUGUGUGUGUGUGUUUCAGCUCUUUAUAUAGAGAGAAAUGUGAAGCAGUGGGGCAAAGGACCUGCGAUCUCCUAAUUCUCAGUGGCUUUUCUCAAAUAGGUUUUCUGUAGGCGCUGUGUGUUUAUCCUGCACUUUAGAACUAAACCAGGGGCCCCCAAACUAUGGCCCCCGGGCCGGAUGCGGCCCAAUUGGCCUCCCAAUCUGGCCCGCGACGACCCCCGCCGCCCGCUGCCGCCGCCCGCUCUUAAUGGCGCGCGGCGCGGCGGCGAUCUUCAAAAUCAGCAAAAAAUCGCCGAAAAUCCUUUGUGCGCAUGCGUAUGGGCCUCUCCCGACCCAGAAGAGGUCAUUUCCGAUGCACUUCCGGGUCGGGGGAGGCCCAUACGCAUGCGCACAAGCGAUUUUCGGCGAUUUUCUCCCCGACCGUGUGCGUGUGCGCAUGCACACUGGCGCGCACUCCCCCGCCCUCCGGCCCGAAGCCCGGUAAGUCUGGGGACCCCUGAACUAAACGCUGCUCCUGCUGACCCCUUUUGCACUUUUAUGGGAAAACAUGCCAUUGAAUGAAAAUGCGCUCUGUCUGCAGCAACCACAAGGAAGGUCAAAAAGCAUUAGAGCAGAGGUGUGUGGGGAUCUGUGGUCCUACAGAUGUUGCCAGACUCCAGCUCCAUUCAGCCCCCACCCCCAGCCCUUGGGCUGCACAUGCGGGGGGGGGGGGCUGAUGUGACCCAGAGGGCUGCAGGGUCCUCCAACCCUCUGCUAAAGCCUCAUUCCCUUGCUGUAGCUGCUCAGGUCUCCUUUUGCCACCACCCCCAGCUUCUGCAAUGCACUCAGGCAUCUCUCGCCUACAUUUCAAGCUCUUCUGCAACUUAAGGAAAGGCUGGGGGAGCCUGUAGCCCUUCAGAUGACCUUGUCUUUGGACUCCCAACUCCCAGCAUGACCAGUGGGUGGGGGGAGGGAAGGUUGGAGUUGAGUCUGACAUAAGGUCUAGAAAUGGCUGGUGUUUUUUUUCCAAGCGCUGAGAUUCAUCCCAGCUGUAAUCCUAUGUGCAUGUACUUGGGCAGUAAGUAAGUCCAGUUCACUCCAGCAGGCCUUACUUCUAAGUAGACAUGCCUAGGAUCGCAGUUUGAAUGCAUGCGCGCAUAUAUAUAUAUAUGUAUAUGUAUAUAUAUAUAUAUGUAUAUAUAUAUAUAUAUAUCACAUAAACAUGCCGUACUGCCUUGCACCUUUUUUCCUGGAAAUACACACAGCUGCAAUAAUAAUACUUACCUACCUCAAGAGAUGCUCUUAUCAAGUUAUUAUUGUUAUUAAUAUCAAGUUGUUGUUGUUAUUGUUCUUACUAUUAUUAAUAUUGCUGAAGGAUUGUUGGCGCUUGACUGGACCUACUUCUUGUUGGGGAAAGUAUUGUUGUUGCUGAUAAAAUGACAGAUAAUAUAUAUAUUUAGAUAUAUAUUAUGUAUUCUGUGAAUAACAAUUGGGAGCUUUGUAAUUUAUGGAAUGAAAAUGAUUUUGUAAAUAUGGUACCUGCAGCUUGUUUUUACGCACCAUUGAUACAAUGAAUUUUGCCUUUUUUUACAAAAAGCAAACCUCUUUUCAUUUUUAUACAGCUUUUUAAAACUAAUAAAAUAAAUGAUGCAAGUAAAGGAGGCUAAUGCUGUGUUUGUGGUUUGUGGAUGAUGAUGAUGGAAGUGUGGCCAUUGUACAUGGGCACCCAAAAAAGGAACUUUCAAAACAAAGCAAAAAGGGAAGUGUUUCCGUUCUAAAACAGACAGCUUUUGUCCCUCCAGAUCUUGCUGGGUUACAUCACAUGGCCUGGAGACAGGCAGGCAGGUUGUGCAUCCGCAGCAGUGACCAGAGGAGGAAUGACCUCUGGGAGGAGCUCGGAGAGAAGAAACGCCAUGGCAAUUCUGCAGCAGCAGAACUGGAUGCCUCCCUCUGCCCCAGCUGCAACAAAUCAUGUCUCUCCUGUAUCAGUCUCUGCAGCCACAGCAGGUGCUGUAACACUCCAGUGGUUUGCCUUUACCCCCCAAUGGUGCACUUUAGACGGAUCCCAACGCACACACUUUUACUCUAGCCAAGUUUGAACCAAGGGAGCACUUUAUAGCCUUUUCAUCUAGCAAAGCUUAUCCGCUUCCCCGACAUGUUCUACAGUCAUACCUCUAGUUACAUAUGCUUCAGGUUGCAUACGACACGGGAUAGGUACGUGCCGAACCCGGAAGUAAUGGAACGGGUUACUUCCGGGUUCGGCAAUUCACGCAUGCGCAGACACACUGAACGAUCAUGCGUGUGCACAGAGGCGCCAAAUCGCACGGGGAGCAUGCGCAGAUUCUGUGUUUCAGGGUAAAUACUGCUCUGGGUGCGUACGGGACUCCGGAACGGACCCCGUUUGUAUCCAGAGGUACCACUGUACAUAUUUCCUAGCUCUGCAAUGGCCUUUUUGAGUGACCAGAGCCAUAUCCCAGGGGGCGAUGGGAUCCCAUGGCCCUCCGAUCAGCCCCAUCCAGGAUUUACCCCUCAGGGGUGAUGGAAGGAGCUGUUAUUGUCCCAUUGGAUUUCUUAACUGGGGGGAGGGGGGGGUUGAUGUGACCCAGAGGGCUGCAGGGUCCUCCAACCCUCUGCUAAAGCCUCAUUCCCUUGCUGUUGCUGCUCAGGUCUCCUUUUGCCACCACUGAGAUUCAUCCCAGUUGUAAUCCUAUGUGCAUGUACUUGGCAGUAAGUAAGUCCAGUUCAAUCCAGCAGGCCUUACUUCUAAGUAGACGUGCCUAGAAUCACAGAGGCGUGGUAUGUACCUUUGUUAACUAUGAAAAUCCUUUAAUAAAAAAACAGCUACUUAAAAAUAAUAAUAGGGUGCAUCUUAAAAUAGUGGUUGUAGCCCAUUAGCAGCUGUGGGGGGGAGGGGGAGGAGGCAACAGGCUCCAUUCCACAAUUGCUGGCCAAGCGAAGCUGACCACAUACUCCUUAUAUAAACGAAGUGGAGGGAAUGUCCUCUUCGGAAUUUUUCUUCCCCAUGCUAAUAAUUCCUUGCACUCUGUUUGCCCUCCCGCUAGAGAAGAAACCUCAGCUGAAGGUUUCAGUGUUGUAUCUGCCACAGCGCGCACCAGCCUGGUGUUCCUCCAGUCCAGAUUGUUUGGACUGCAACUCCCAUGAGCCCUAGGAAGUAUGUGUUGGCUGGGGAUGAUGGGAGGCUGUAUGGGAUAAUUAUUCCAGAAAAUAUUGUAAUUUCGAGGAGAUAAGUGAGCUGACAUGGCCAGCUCUUCCUGUCUGGUUAUCUCUUCCUUACUCUGGUCACCUAUGUUUUAUUGCUUUCUCUAUCCCUUGGAAAAAAGGUCUUUGGUGUGGGACCCGGCUUUUUGUCUUUGAUGUAGAGUAGCUGGGCCCUAACAGGGACCAGCAUCUAUAAAAUACCUAGUUUUGAAUAUAGGAGCUGGGAGUUGCCACAGAGCUGUGCAAAAUAAGGCUACCUGCGAGUCACUUCGCCACAUCUGCAGGGCUUCCCCGUGGCAGAAUGAAGUGCUGCUUGGUAACGUAUACAGGUGAAACUCUGAAAAUUAGAAUAUCGUCGAAAAGUGCAUUUAUUUCAGUAAUGCAACUUAAAAGGUGAAACCAAUAUAUGAGAUAGAUGCAUGACAUGCAAAGCAAGAUAGGUCAAGCCUUUAUUUGUUGUAAUUAUUUGUCAUUAGGUGGGUCAAUUAUAAAUGGAAUGUAAUUAAUGAAAUGUAAUAGCAAUGUUUAUUUUUGUAUUGUAACUAUUUGUUUUAUUACUGUGGAAUUUCCAAAAGAAAGCAUUUGUAAAAAUUAAAAGGAAAAUAAAAAAUAACAAGUUGCAUUACUGAAAUAAAGGCACUUUUCGACGAUAUUCUAAUUUUCCGAGUUUCACCUGCAUUUUACUUGCUGUUCAGAAUAAAAUCUGAAAUCUUCUCACCCACUUGCGUUUGUAUUGCUUCUGUUAUAGAAAAUUUAAGGGAUACUUGCCCUGAUAAAAGGGGCCGAUUCCGGGCGGAACCCUGACCUUGACAGGACGUUAUUUGAAACCCCUGUCGGAAUAGAAGUAACAGAGACCAGAGUUCUAGCGAAAAGCAACGCGGCUGCUAAGCCCGAUCAGUUUAUUAUAAAAUUGAAGACUUGGCAACAGGGUUCUUACUCACACGACAUUACGAUGGAGAAGAGCCCUGAACAAAAGGACUUCUGAACAUUUAUAGGCUACAGUUUUGACACAGCACAAGACAAUAGAACAAAUAGCGUUAUCCGGGUGCGGUGAAGGGA